AUAGGGGCUAAUAUAUUUUGCUGUGACCAUGAACGCAAUUUAGGAGUCAUUUGUGCUUACUCUUUCUGUCGGUAAUCUUUCAUAAGUCGAAAAGAAACAGGGAUUUGGGAGAACGAAAGCGAACAGGUUUAUGUUAUGGGCACAUUAACAGCGCCAUGGAAGCAGCUUCUUCUCAGUGCAAUGGAGUCCAACGCCCACUCAAAGCACUCUUCCUUCUUUCAGCUUGCAACGAUCGGGUCCAAUGGGAGGCCUUCAAAUCGUACUGUUGUUUACAGAGGAUUCGUGGAGGACUCGGAUAAGAUCCAAAUCAACACCGACAGCCGAAGCCGCAAGAUUGAAGAGCUGAAGCAUUCCCCUUUUGCUGAGAUUUGCUGGUAUUUCACUGACUCGUGGGAGCAAUUCCGAGUUAGUGGGAAAGUUGAUGUUAUUGAUGUCUCAAAUCCUGAUCCUGUGAAGCUCGAGGAAAGAGAAAAAGUUUGGUUUGCUAGUUCUCUGAAAUCUAGGAUGCAGUACUUGGGGCCUAAUCCUGGUGUUCCCUGUCUAAGUGAACAAACACACGGGCUCUCUCUAGAUUCUUCUGCAGGCCCCGUCUAUGCAUUUUGUUUGUUGGUUCUUGAUCCUGAUCAGGUUGAUUACCUGAAUUUAAAGAGUAAUGAGAGGCUAACAUACACAUCCAAGCAAAGUAUCAAUGGGGAGAAGUGUUGGACUUCAGAGAGAAUAAAUCCAUAAUGUUUGUCUGUGAUUUCGAGUCUACGAUUGAAACAACUGCUCUCCUGGGACACCAUUUAACUGAAGUAUUUGAUAAUUGAUUUUGAAAAACUUGCUUUUUUUCUUUUUUCUUCUUAUUAAAGAAACUUCUGUAUUCCAUAAGUCUUAUAAAUGCAUGAUGUAGAAUAGGAGGAAUAUAUGUGGCAUGUAUGCAAGAAUGCUGCCUAAAAUUUCUGUUUUGUCUUAUUACAAAUACUGUGUUAUAAUAUACAACUACUGUUAGAACA